AUGGCUCCCGCCCUCAUUCGCACAUUGCGCAGUGCGCCUUCGCUCACACAACACGCCCCUAGAGCUGCCGAGGCUUUCUCUUCACUCCAGGGACAUCUGCUCGAGGCUUCCAAAGUACUCAACACUCGAGGCGACGAUGAUAAAGACAGCAACAACAGACACAAGCCAUCUGUCGAGCCCGAGUCAGGCUCUUUCGACCCUCACAACAUCAACAAUGCGGGUUUCUUCUUUCUCUUCGCUCUGAUUGGUGUCGUCUUCGUUUGCACCGGUAUCUGGUUUUUCUUCUGGGCCAAGAACGGUGGUUUCCAAUUCAAGGAGGAGGAUUGGGAUGACUACAAAUCUACUGUACUGCGACGCACAGGACCUAACGGCACUAUUCUUUCCAAUGCGACUCGGCCAACAAACCUCGGUGGUGGUAGCGUAUACAAGGACGUUGAUGACGAUAACACAACCGUUGUUACAGAGGGCACGACACUUACUGGUAUUACAGCUGGAGCUAGCGACAUUUAUGCCCGUGAGAAGCGUCGCCGCAAGCAGGAAAAGCGAGAUCGUGAGCGUGCAAAGAAGGGCAAGAAGACCAGCCGUCACGUCGGUGAGGAGGGUGUCGAGGAUGAAGAUGCCGAACGUGCUGCCAAGAAGGAACUCCGCAACUACCGCCAUGAAAGAGCUGCUCGUGUCGGCGGUUUGAACAAGGAAAGCGAAGGCUCUGAGUGGGACGGCUCUACCAACAACGGCACCGAAUCCAACGUUUCAACCAACCUCCUCUCCGAUCGCCAGACUACACCUACGACUACACCUACCAAGGCCAAGGCCGGCAUCCGCAAGGUUUACUCUACCGCUGAUCGUCGCGAGAACCGUGAGGCCGAGCGUAUGCGUGCUGAGGCCCGUCGUCUACGUGAAGCUGGCCGCAAUGCGCGCCGCGACUUUAGCUACCAGCGUGCCGAAAGCUACUCCCGCGCCGACACCCAGGCCGACUCGCAGGUGAGCGAGAGCCUUCUCGACGGAUCGCAGGUGACUCGUACCACGGACGAUAGCGGCGACCUGGGAACCAAGAGUUAUCACCACCCGAUGCCUGAGUUGAGGGAGUUGGAGAAGGAGCGUGCGAGAGAGGAGAGAAGGGCACGCAGAGCGCAGCGAGAGUACCGCCGGGGUCGAACGACAGAGGAAUAG